AUGUCCAAGAUCAAAGCCGAAGAUAUCGUGGAGGAAAGAAUAGGUGGUUUUGUCGAGUGCCUAGGACUGAGAUUAUUCGAGAGUUUGGAGGAGCUAUUUGUAACAUGCAUUAUGGGAUUUCAAAAGAGGACUGGUCUUAUAGUGAUUGAGUAUGGCGAUGAGCUGCCUGACAGUGAUGACGAGGACUUCAGAGAAGCUUUGAGGAUUGAGUCGGAACAAUUAAGUGCUGAGCGUGCUAAACAUCUUGCAAAUAUUACAGCACGCGAUGCAGUUGCGUAUUUAACAAAGCAGAGCGGGUAUCUCGAGGAGGAGCACGAUGAGCUGCGUUCAAGUGGUCUACGGAAGUAUCAUAAGCAAAGCUUUGCCCCUCUGUCUCCUCAUCGUGCUCCGUUGAAGAAGAAGUUUAUACAGUGGUGA